AUGACAGAAAAGAAAUUUUCUCAUUCUCCCUACUCAACGGUAGAAAACUGGGAUCAGCGGAAGAAAGUUUGGAAGUCGCUGUCACUAUUGUCUAGUGAUACUAUUACACUUCAGGAGGCGAGUAUUAUCAACGUACAGUCGAUGCUCAAGAUCGCUUUUGAUGCCGCCAGCGAUACAAGUCAACAUCAUUUUAUUCAAUACAUGCAGGAGUGGCAAACUUCGUUGGAAGUCCUGCAAAGUGAGAUGAAAGAAGUUCAGAUUGCAAUAGAAGGAGUGAAGAUGGAGCAGGAAGAACUGAAGAUAGAGAAAGGAAAACUACACAACGAAGAAGCAAAUCAUAAUGAAGAAUCAGGAAAACUACACAACGAAGAAGCAAAUCAUAAUGAAGAAUCGGCAAGCAUUGAGAAUUGUAACGAUGAAGCUUCUGAAACUGGUAGCUUGAGUCAAAAGCGCAAACUAAUAGAGCUCACGAGACAGGUGAUGGAAGAAAAGAAAGGAAGGUUGGAAGAAAAGAAAGGAAGGUUGGAAGAAAAGAAAGGAAAGUUGGAAGAAAAGAAAGGAAGGUUGAUCUUAGAAGCGGAUGGAACCAUCUCGGCAAUCUCUUCUUCUCAUCAAAAUGUUCAAACACUCCUCAAUUGGCAUGCCACCCUGGGCAACGAAACGAAAUCGAAAUCAACGCAAAAGAGUUCCACAAAUAAAUAUGACUCUCGUGGGAUUACAGAGGCUAAGAAACAAACAAGUCUUUUCUCCGCGGAGCUUCAUCAACUGCUGAGUUUGGAACCACCGUCGGCUCCUGGUACCGACGAAGCCGCUAGUAAUGCUGGCGAUGACCUUCAAAUGAAUCAUGUGAACAAGAUUGUAACAACAAUCCUUGACUCUAAGUUUCUCAAUGACGGUGUAGGCUCAAGUUUCCAAAAGCUGGAGAUCCGGCAUUUGAAGGAGACUACUGUUGCACAGCCUAUACUUCAUGCCCUCAUGUAUCGUGUGCUCGACAUUGUUGGUCUGCGUAGCCUUUAUGUGUCCAAAGAGCAGAGAACACGAGGUCAAAAUGGAGGAGAAAGCGACCGUAUUAUGGAUUUCUUGGUCCAUGAGAUUCGAGAGCACAUAUUAUUCGCCCUUCCAAGCAUGAUUGAAGGCAUUGUCGAAGUGAAGAAGUGUGGGAAAGAUGACUCCGAGGACGAGAAGUUGAUUGACCUUGCGGUGAAGCAAAUAGUUGGAAACUUUGCAAAGCGGCUUCGAGUUGAGUUCAAUUUUCUAGGAAUUGGUGCGGAUUGCGAACUCUACGGAGUUGCCAUGUCCUUGUCCAAAAUCUCUAUCGUCAAGGCAUCGCUGCAAAACGUAGGAACGGACCAAGUUGGGAUUUCAUGGAGCAAGACUACGCCAGUGGGUUUAUUGUCCGAAGACGGUCUUGAACUACUAGCACUUGCGCUAAGCGCCAGCUACACACUGUCCCAAGUGAAACAUGACAUUGCCACCCUAGAAGCGAAAAAAGUAAACGGACGCGGAAGGAAUGAUGAAAUUACCCAAAUAUGUAUCAAGGAGUGCUUGGGAUUUGGAGCUUUUGGCAUUGUGUACAAAGUUCUGAAGGGGGAAGCUUUCUUUGGUGCCGGUACUGGUACUGACACUGACACUGACCACGCACAUCAGCACCAGUCCAGGUAUUUUCUAAAGAUCCCAUCGUGCCAUGGGGCAUCUGUUUCGCUGAAAGACGAAGCAGAAACCUUGAGUCGGCUGAAUGAAUCGAAUAAGGGAAAAGGAAAAGUUCCCCAUAUUCCUUCGUGCAUGGCAGAGGAAAUCUUCGAUAUCAAUUUUAAUGGCUUUGUAGGUGAGACUUCUGGCCUACUUCUCAAUGGAAUGAUUGGUAAGCCUACAAACUCCGUGAAUUGGAAGUUGCCCCCCUACGACAAGGGGCUCCUGGAGUCGGUCAUGAGAAAGGUACACGCUACCCUAACGGCUGCACAUGAAAGUCACGGAUGA